AUGUCAACCUCAGGAACAGGAAAUAAUAACAAAAAUAACAAAACUGAAUCACCAGCAAUAAAUGUGAAAGGAAUCUUUAAAGAAGAAGAAGCAUUUUUGAAAUUAAACGAUAAGCAAAAAAUAAAUGAAUUAGUAAGAGUAGCAAACAUAUUUAAACAAAAAACAAUAGAAUUAGAACAACAUGUUAAAGAAGAAAAAGAUAAAAGACUUAAAAGUGAAAAUGUAGAAAAACAACUCAUGACAAUAAUUACAAACAAUUAUAAAAGGAUUAAAGAUUUCUUUAGGGAACCAAUUAGAGAAAAUACAAAAAUAAGUGAUGAAUUACCAAAAGAAAUAGAAAAAUUGAUAAUCACAAUAGGAAAAAUAGAAAAAGAUAAUAUAUCAACAGAAGGAUUGUAUAACCAACAAAGAAACUUAUAUACUGAAUCAGAAAGAAAGGUUGAAGAUCUAGAGGAACGAAUAAAAUUAUUAGAAAAAAAUCACAGUGGAGCUAAGGAAUACAUAAAGGAUCAAACAAGAAAAAUACAGGAAUUACAUGAAGAGAAUAGAGAAUUAGAAAAAAGAUUAGAAAAAUUAAUAGAAUUCAAAGAAGGAAUUGAUAAAGUAAUACUUGAUUUAGAAAUUGAUAAACAAAUAGAUAAAAUUUGGAGAAAUAGAUUUGAAGAACAUCAAAAAUUAAUACAAACUGAAGAACAACUUGAGGAAGAAAUUAACAGGGAAGAACAG